UUAGGAAAGACAUAUCCAGCACCUAUUUUAUUUCAAUCACCAGAGACCAAUGGAACCGCAAUUGUAGCCAGGGGCACUCUGAUAAAUCCUGCACCUUCUCAGUCAACGUCCUCAAGUCCUGGCAGCAUUACUGGUGAAAAUGCAGUAAUAACAUUUUCUGGACCACCAAAGAAAAGACACCGGGGGUGGCCUCCAAGUUCACCAAUUCAAACACCAGUUUUGGCCUUCCCUGCACCUCCUAUGCGACCAAUAACAAGACCAGCCACUGUGCCGCCGCCAGUUUUGGGAGGAGUUUUCCAGCCACAGCCGAUCCAAGCAGGGGAAACUGUAAUCGUGCCAGAAAAUCUGUUGAAUAAUUCUGGAGUGAGGCCUGUUAUUUUGAUAGGCUAUGGUUCCUUGCCAUAUUUCUAUGGGAAUGUUGGAGAUAUUGUUGUAAGUCCAAUGUUGGUGAACUGCUACAAGUUACAGGAGUUGGAAAAGAAGGAACUGGAUCAGAUGGGAGUGGCCAGCAGCCAGUUCCUGAGUGUAGAAAACCUCAUUCUGCUGACGAUCCAAUAUCUUGUGAGGCUUGGUUCAGAUCAAAUACCCAUUCGUGAAGUGUUUGAGCAAAUUGUUCUUAAAGCUCUACAGGAAUUUACUUAUAAAGAACGUUCUUUGCCAGUGACUUCUCCUGCCAUGUUAGUGACACAGGUUCAAUUACCCUGGUUGGCCCGUCUGUCUGCCAGUGUUUCUCAGGAUUUGGUUCAUGUUCUUGUUACCCAGAACUCUCUAGCAGAGGGAAUCUCUGAGACUCUUCGAUCUUUGAGUGAUAUGAAACCUCAGCAGAAGCUUCCUGACUACGUAGUAGCAAUCUGUUCCUCAAAGGCACGAGGAAAUGAGUUUUGUGUUAUUGCUCUUGGCAAAUAUCAAUCCCGGGUUCUAGCAGAGAGCAUGUUGACAACCAACGAGUUCUUGAAAGAGAUCAGUUAUGAGCUUAUCACAGGGAAGGUUAGCUUCUUGGCCUCACAUUUUAAGACCACAUCCACAGGUGAUGAUUUGGACAAGUUGCUGGAAAAAAUUCAGAAGAAGAGGGGAGAUAAUGUAAUCAUUCCUUUUCAUGGUGAUGUGAAAGAAUGCGUCUCUUCCCAGGAAGCAACCUGCAUGGUUCCUGCACAAGGCAGAGGUUGUAACACCAAUAACUUCCAAAUAUACCAGUCUCAACUGAUGGUUGCUCGGAAGCUCCUCUCCCAGGUGUGCGCAAUUGCAGACAGUGGAAGUCAAAGUCUGGAUCUAGGACGGUUCAGCAAGGUGGAUUUCCUCAUUGUUGUCCCUCGCUCAGAAAUACUGGUACAGCAGACUGUUCAAAGGAUUAGACUGUCUGGUGUGUUGAUUGAUUUGGGUCUAGAGGAAUUGGCAUUUGCUCCUCAGCGAGCAGAAAAGUAUGUGCUUCGACUAGAUGGAGAUUUUCAAAACCAAAUUCGAUGCAUUUAUGAAAAAAGUGAAACAAAAUCCAUAUACUCUCUACGUUCUUAUCCAUGACAAUAGCCAUGUAGAUUUAACCAGUGCCAUGUCAGGAACAUUGUCUCAUGGAGAUUCCGCUCAGGGCCUUUCUGACCGGAUUGUCAAUAGUCAUGAAGUACAGGAAGCCUUAAAUCUCAUAGUGCUUCAAGUUAGUGCAUUUCCAUAUGCUUUACAGACGCAGCAGUCCAAAAUCAGCCCUAGCAAUGAGGUGCACUGGAUUCAGCCUGACAUGGUGGAGGGUGUAACUGGAGAGGAAAUGAUUUAUUUUGGUAUUAAUGAGUACAGCAAAUCUCUACAGUGGGGUAUUACAAGUCCUUUAUUGAGAUGUGAUGAAACAUUUGAAAAAAUGGUCAACACACUUCUGGAAAGGUACCCAAGGCUUCACAGCAUGGUAAUUCGCUGCUACCUUCUUAUUCAGCAGUAUUCUGAGGCUCUUAUUGCUUUAACCACUGUGACUUCGCUCCGAGACCACACCACACCAGAGACUCUGAGCAUUGUGGAUGACCUGCUUAGCUUCCCGGUGAAAGACAAAAGUGGCCAGGGACACAUGCUAAUCAUCCGGGUACCUUCUGUACAGCUUGCAAUGUUGGCAAAGGAGCGACUGCAGGAAGUGAGAGACAAACUGGGGUUGCAGUAUCGCUUUGAAGUGCUCCUUGGUAAUCCUGCUUCUGAAUUAUCUGUUGCCAAGCAUUUUGUCACUAGAUUAAAGAUAUGGAGUGGAUGUGAACAAGAAGACUGGGUUCCUAGAACAUUCAAAGACCUUGAAGGCCUACCUUGUAUUGUAGUUCUUACCGGCAAGGACCCCCUUGGAGAAACCUUUCCUAGAUCCUUGAAGUACUGUGACCUCCGACUUAUCGACUCAAGUUUCCUAACAAGGACUGCGUUAGAGCAAGAAAUAGGCCUGGCUUGCGGUUAUGUAUCAAGGGAUGUCAUUCGAGAACCAAUGACUGCAUUGGACCUCAGUGACAAGGAAGUUGACAAGGUUAACAGCAUUGCAAAUGACUCUGAUGAUCUGUUUAUUGACCUCGAGAGACCACAGUAAUGGCAGUGAAGUCACUGGAACUUCAGGUUCCAUAGCUGAAAAUGGAGUCAGUUCAUCAAGCACAGGUGAAGACACACAGAGGCAGCCAUUAAACCCUGACUUCCCAAAUGUAGCAAACAGCUCUCUGGAUGAAGUCACUUACCCAAAUUCUACAGCCAGUGAAAUCAAACAAGAAUGUGACUCUCUUGGAGCCCAAAUGGCCAGCAGCACAACUUCAAAAUUCUCCUCCUCUUCUGUACAAACUCUUCAGUGGACUCAUCAAUCAGGAAGAAAGAGCAGGACGUUGAGUUUAACAAUGCCACGCAUUGUGGUUCUCUCAAGAGCUACUUACAAUCUCCUUGCUUCUCAUAAAAAUGGACAGGCACUCUGUACCAUUUCGCUCUUACCCCAUGCUGAUGUGAGCUGGUUGAGAUCACUAAGGCCUUCAAUAUCCAAAGACUUGAGCAGUGAUGAGCAAUCGCUUUACUACCGGCAGUGGACAACAGCCAGGCAGCACCAUGCGGACUAUGUAAACCCCAGUGACCAUGGAGCAAGGACUGUUCAUCCACGCCGUCUUCUUCUGACUGGACCAUCGCAGGUAGGGAAGACUGGUGCUUACCUGCAGUUUCUUAGAAUACUAUAUCGUAUGCUGAUUAGGCUUUUAGAGGUAGAUGUCUAUGAUGAGGAAGAAAUCAACAAAGGUAAGCGUCUUUGUAAUUAA